UUGUCUUUCCGCAACCUUCGUUAGCUCGAGCAGCUGUAUGUCGCGUUACGGGGCCUGCGCUCGAGAUAUAAACUCUCACAACGUCCACCGGGGCAGCCGUCACGUAACCUCGACUUCAGUGUGACGUUAAGCUUGAAAUGAAUCGGUUACAUCUAUUUGAAUGUGCGUGUAUGUUUCCGCUGUCUCGCCACAUUGACGUUUAAACAUAUUGAAACUGUGCAGCUACUGUUAGCUUAAUGGUCUCGUUUGCUCUGCUGCAGUGUUUUGACAGUUCUAGCCGUCUGCACUUCCGGUCUGCAUGGCAGGGGCCUCGUCCAUGUGGGCUUCAUGCUGUGGUCUGCUGAAUGAAGUCAUGGGUGCUGGGGCCGUCAGAGGCCAGCAGCCAGGAUUUGGGGCCGGUGCUGGAGCCUUCAGAUUUGCCCCCAGUGCGGGGUACUCUCCAUACCCGCCCACCAGCUCAGGGACCCCCAGUCUUGUAUGCAAGAGCUGUGGUCAGGCCUUCUCCGUAUUUAAGAGGAAGUACAUUUGCUGCGACUGCAAGAAGAACUUCUGCUCUCUGUGCUCGGUGCUUCAGGAGAAUCGGCGUGUUUGUGCCACAUGCCAUUUGCUGAAAGCAACCGCCUUUCAGCGGCCGCGGCUCAUGCGCCUACGAGUCAGGGACCUGCGUCAGUACUUGCUGCUUCGUAACAUCCCCACCGACACCUGCAGGGAAAAAGAAGACCUGGUGAACUUGGUGCUCUGUCACCAAGGAAUUGAGGAAGAGGAGGAACCUGACAUGAGCAGCCUCCACUCUCGCUCCCUGUAUACGCCGACUCCUUCUACCACACAGUCGGCCUCAGAGCUGUCUGCAUUCGUCGCCUCCCAGGAGGAGGAGGAGGUGGAAGAGGAGCAGCAGCUCGACAGGAGUGAUAGCGCUGAUACCAACCAGGAUAUCGGCGAUGCCACAUCUGUGUCUCUCCUCAACUUGGACGCGAGUGAACACACAACUGAGGUCAGUCCUCAGACACGACGUCGGGCCAGGGCGUCUCUCUCAGACCUCUCCAGUUUGAGGGACAUCGAGGGUCUUUCUGUCCGGCAGCUGAAGGAGAUCCUCGCCAGGAACUUCGUCAACUAUUCAGGGUGCUGCGAGAAGUGGGAGCUGGUGGAGCGCGUCAACCGACUGUACAGAGAGACGGAGGAGAACAGGAAAUCAUUGGAAAAUGUGAGCACUACUGUAAGCACAGUGGAGCACCUCCCCCCUCCUAUCUGCAACAAGCCCAUUGGAGACGGCGUGAAGGGUCCGCUGACGGUCCAAGAGGACAAUCUCUGCAGAAUCUGCAUGGACUCGGUGAUCGACUGCGUCCUCCUGGAGUGCGGUCACAUGGUCACCUGCACCAAGUGCGGCAAGAGGAUGAACGAGUGCCCGAUCUGCAGGCAGUACGUCGUGAGGGCCGUGCACGUCUUCAAGUCCUAACGACGCAGUGAAACGGCACCUUACACCAACCACGCAGCUGGUCACCUUUGGAUCCCCAAAAGGGCUUAUUUUGUGGAUGCUCUAUGUUUGCAUUCGCAACAACUCUCAUAUUAUUUGCACAUUGAAAAAGUCUUGACAUGUGUUUUUCAAAAGAAAUUGUCUUCAGUUUCAGAUUAGAUUCUAUUCACAAAAUCUAUCUGCAGUUCAACCAAGCCUGUGUGACUCAUGGCGCCAAUGAGAGGCCACCUGUUCAAUGAAAUAGGCUUGAAUCGGUGUAAAUAUACUGCAAAUAGGAGUUUAAAUUGAGUAACGUAUGACUUGAUUACCUUACAUUGCUGCAUUAGGAAUUACAAGAACAUUGUACGAAUCUCCUGCAAAUCAUAAUUUUUCUAAAACUAAUAAUCCGAGUGAAGUAAUCUUUGAGUCACUGAUAUAUUUCACGGUAAGUUUGAGUCAAAAGGCAGAAUCAAAGGUAAAUACUUCCAAUAGAUAAUAAGUAAAGAACUGCCAAAAGAAUGUAUGCUAAUUAACGGUGGUUGAGACCGAUCCAAAGUCUUUGUAAAAAGGUCAAAAUACUUUUAUUCUCCCUUCCCUGAAAUGAUUUCCCCUCAUGAGUAAGUGUCUGGGUGCACGCGCCUUGCUUUUCUGGCAUUAUUUUUCAAAGCAAAGAAUGUGUGUACAGUAUUUUUAAGCGCAACUCGUCAUCCUCAGAUCUGCCUAUGAACUGUAGCUUCGGAGCAUCUCUCUUUACGACCGUCACUGCGUGUGAAUACGUGACAUCUUAGGAACACCGAGGAUGGAUAUAGAAAACGUCCCCACGGGAGAGGAACGCGGUGCCAAAUAAUGGAUCACCGUGCCCUUUUGCUUCUACCCCCCCUUGAAUGCUCUGAAUAGUCUGUGGAAAAAGUGAAUAAGAAAUCAGUGAGCUUGUGAACUUCGUGUUGCUCAGCCCACACAGGAGCAGGUGCUUUGCCUUUGCUACUCAAGGAUAUUGCGGAUUUAUGAAGAAAUCAAUGCGUUAUUAAUUAUAUUCUCUUAUUUGUUCUAUAGGUGCAUAUUGUCAUGCAUUGCACAUUAAAAUGGUCAUUCAAAGAUUGUCAUCGCAAUAGCUAACGUCCACCGUCACACGCGUCUCAAUGCCAGAGCGAAGACAACCGGUGCUAACUCAUCCAACCAUCUUCCGUGUUUCCCAGCUGAACUGUGGAUGUGAAACUCUGAAUGUUUAUUUUUUAUUUGUGUUGUGUAUAUUGUUGGGAUUGGAAUGAAGUGACUUCAUGCUUUGUUUAUUUUCUCUUGCGUAGGAGUAUUGAACUAACUAUUCAAAGAUAUAGCGAUGAGUUUACUGACACCUGUGGUAUGGAGAAGGUAUAGAGAAAUGAUUGCUCAUGUACAUUUGCAUAUAAUGAUCCAUUAGAGAUUUGUGUGUAUGUAUAUAUAUAUAUUUUUCUCCUCCCAUUUGAUUUAAAUGUCAUAUCAGAUUAUUGAAAUGUCCCUGGGAAUGGGUUAGUUUUAUUAUCAGUUACAUUUUCCUGUCAUAUGGUUUGAACCAGAGCAUGACCCCCCCCCCCCCCUGUUCCUUUAGAAGUAUCCACUAUCCAGCUCUGUCCUGUACAACAUUGCUGCCAUUGAGAGUAAAGAUUCCCACUUCAAUCAUGUGCAGUAGCAGGGCCGUUUGCACUUUUCUUGAGAAAGGGUGCAAUUGUGUGCAAGGUUUGGUCUUUGUAUUGUGGGAAUGUUCAACUCUUUAUUUUGGUAAUUAAAGAUUUUAAUUAAAGUCUG